CCACUGAUACACAACUGCUGUACCUCUAAGCUUGUCUCGAAAUUCUCCUCAAUUCUCUUUAGAGUUUUCGGUUUUGUUUCGUGCAAGGAGAGCAUUCAGUCGUGUGGGUUCGAGUUUGAUUUGGUGCCCCGCCCUGUGCUUGCUCACGGCGAUGAGUUGAGGAUGUUCUGAGUGCUUUGUGAUUCUCUGCGAGUCCUCACAACGUUGGGUUGGGGUCAUGCGGUGGAGUUUCAUUUGAUCGUCCUGUUGCAACACCCUUGGGUGGAGUCUCACCUCCGCACGGUUGGAAGUGUGCGGGGGCUGUCCUCAAACUCGUGUCUGUGCAGGAUCCGAUCGGAGGGAAAGAACGGAGAACAGUCUUGACGAGAAGCUGCGGAGAGUGAUGUAGUGGAGAUUUCGUCGGUUGUUCACGAAGGACCGUUUUCACACUUUACGCUCUCCGUCCAGCGCCGGCGGCGGUGCGUCACGGGGUGUUGGCGAAGCAACAUGUUUGCAAAUGCCUGGGUUGUAGGUAGAGAUUGGCAUGCGGAUGGGGAGGUGGAGAAUUCAUGGUUGAAAGAAGCAUUGGUCUCACAAGCUUAUAUUGGUGGUUCACAGAAGAGCAACGUGGUAGAAACAAUGGCGAAGACAGCUCCGGGAUUGGCUCUGUUAGGAUCAGGCAUAUUUGCCUCGAGCCAGUAUCUGCCCAAACUUGGAGAAUUAAGUGAAGUAAUUUCUCUGAGAGUUAUAUGGAGUCGAUCAGAGGAUGGUGCAAAGAAGGCGUUGUUGUCUGCUAGGUCAUAUGCACCCAACGUUGAGGCCAAGUGGGGUCAAGAAGGUUUAGAGGCCAUUUUACAAGACAAAUCGAUUCAGGCUGUCGCUAUAGUUUUGCCUGCUCAGCACCAGCUAGAACUUGUUUUGCGAGCUUUGGAGGCAGGGAAACACGUAAUACAAGAGAAGCCUGUUGGUGCAAGUGUGGCGGACGUUCGUAAGGCUUGGUCGACAUAUCAAGCUCUUGCAGUAAAUGACAAGAAGUUGCCCAUCUGGGCGGUGGCCGAAAAUUACCGUUUCGAGCCUGCCUUGAUACAGACAGGGAAGUUUGCGAAGGAGAUAGGUCAAAUUAUGGGUGUACAGGUGCUGAUAGAAGCACCAAUAAAUAGCUCCAGUCCCUACUUUUCUAGUUCUUGGCGCCGUGAUAAAAAUUUCAAGCAUACGGCACUGAAAUCUAGAAUUGAAGAGAAGCGACCAAAUACACUGUAGCCUGUCAUUGCAACUUAACAUUUUCUUCACCCAAGGUGGAUUCAUGCUCGAUGGAGGUGUUCAUUUUAUUGCUGGAUUGCGAAUGGUAAGUGGCAGUUCGAUCCUUUCUUCGUUUUCUAUUUCUCUCUUUCUGUCCCAUUCUAGUAAUAAUCUUACUAGUGCAUUUCACAGCGAGGUGGAAUGCAGUUCGUUUUGAGGACUUACAUUAAUAAUCGGUUUAGAUGAUUUUCUCUCGGCAUCUUUGCAUCGUUAUUAUGCGCAACUGAAAUGUAGACCAAGUUUGUGUUACUUCAGGACCAUCGGACGAGGGAACUCGUUAAUUCCAUUUGAACUUGUGGCAGAGAAUCUGGCGACAAACAGUUCUAAGCAUUUCUAAAUAGUUUCGGGAUAGUGCAGUUUGUGGGCUGUGAGAUUGCUUCUGUUUCAGCCACUGUGUCACAUUUUGAUCAAACACAACCACCUCCUGAUAAUUUGUCGGCCUCGAUACAAUUGUGGAAUGGAAGUGCUGGAGUUGUCAAUAUAUGCUAUUCUGCAACGACAAGAAAGAUACAGUUUCUCGCAA